ACAGUGACGCCAUCAUCCGUGGACAGGGAGUCGUAGAGGAAUCGGUGGGAUAAAGGCGAUCGCGCUUUAACGGAGAAGCAUCGGAGUCUUGCGCAGUAUCCCUGGCGUUCUUUAAAUCAGUCACAUAUUAUUCCAGGGAGAUUUGAGUUUUGGCAGAAGAUAAAUAAACAAUAAAGCUCUCCCUGGUGCGUGGGUUGGAAGGGUUGGCGUAACGUUCCUACUUUAUUCCAUCGGAUGAAAAUGUUUGGCUUGUGCUUGUGAAAACUUCAACUCGUUUUCAAAGGAUCGUUUCAUCUUUCUUUCGGGCAAACCGGAGAGGAGAAGAGGAGAGACCGGUGACCGUAAUUGGACUCUGGAUAGGAUACCUGGGGGAGCUAACUGUCCCUGUGCACACAGAAGCCUAAUUUCCUUCGACUUUCCACCAGUUUCCAGGAAGUCAGAGGUGGAGAACCACAUCUGAAGGACUCUGAGCUGCCAGACGUGUGAAUCAAUGCCAAGUCUUUGUCCUCCUCAGACAGCCUAGCGAAGGUGCAGGAGGUAGCAAGCUGGCUUUUGGAAAUGAACCAGGAUCUGCUGUCGGGGGGCAGCGGCAGCAGGGCGGCCCAGGAGCAGAGGCAGAGGCCUGGGGCAGCGGGGGCAGGUAACAGCACCUCCGGCCGCACACCUCAGCCCCAGGCGGAGCACAUGAAUCGGGUGCUGGAGGAGCAGGAGCAGGUGGCACAGCAACAGAGAAGAGAACCUGUUGAGGAGGAAGAGGCUGGAAGAGAGCAGCCAAGGGAGGCAGAGGAGGAGCCAUGGCCUUCCGGAGGUGAGCCGGUGGAUGAAGGACGGAGGAGCGAGGUGAACGGGGCUGAGAAGGGUGCCCAGUGGAUGUGGGAGCAGGAGCAGCAUCGGCGGCAUAGACGGCAUCGUGAGGAAGAGGAGGAGGAGGAGGACAAUAAUAAUGCCGGAAGGGAAGGACAGGUGGGACUUCGUUCAGAAGAAGACAAUGACCGGCCGGAGGAUGAGGAGGAUGGUGAGGAGGAAAUGGACCAGGAUAGCGAUGAGUUUGAGCAUUCAGGAGAGAGUGGGAGGGAAGAGGAGGAGGAAGAGGAGGAGGAGGCUGAAGAUGAGGAGGAAGGAGAAGAAGGCCCCCACUCUCCCUCCAUCAGGAUCAGUGUGUCGGACCUUAAUGAUAACACGGACCAGUCCUCUGGACAACACCAAAGCUCACCCUCUGUCUGCAAGAAUAAGAUGAAGAGGAAGUUGGACCAUGGCCCCGAGGUUCGACCUUUCCCUUCAGGAAAAAAGCCCUGUCCAAGUCCCACUGGACUGCCGUACCCAGCCACCCCCACCACGUUUAGGGACAUUCGAGCAGUCACUGGGCAGGGUCAGCAGAGACGCCGUAUCCCAUCCAUCCAGCCCCCUACAGGCCUGCAGGAGUGGCUCCGCACCUUUCAGAGCUGGAGCGGCCCAGAGAAGCUGCUGGCGCUGGAUGAGUUGAUUGACAGCUGUGAGCCCACGCAGGUGAAACACAUGAUGCAGGUGAUCGAACCCCAGUUUCAGAGAGACUUCAUCUCACUCCUGCCCAGAGAGUUGGCCUUACACGUGUUGUCAUUUCUGGAGCCAAAGGAUCUGCUUCAGGCAGCUCAGACGUGUCGUUACUGGCGCAUUCUAGCAGAGGACAACCUGCUCUGGAGGGAAAAAUGCAAAGAAGAUGGUAUUGACGAACCCUUGCACAUAAAGAGAAGGAAGGUUAUCAAGCCAGGGUUCACACACAGUCCCUGGAAGAGUGCCUACAUUAGACAACACAGAAUAGACACCAACUGGAGGAGAGGAGACCUCAAAUCACCUAAGGUGUUGAAAGGCCAUGACGACCAUGUCAUCACCUGUCUCCAGUUCUGUGGAAACCGCAUAGUGAGCGGCUCGGAUGACAACACACUCAAAGUAUGGUCUGCUGUUACUGGGAAGUGUUUGAGGACGUUAGUCGGCCACACUGGUGGCGUCUGGUCCUCUCAGAUGCGAGACAACAUCAUUAUCAGUGGCUCCACAGACCGAACGCUGAAGGUCUGGAAUGCAGAGACGGGAGAAUGUAUCCACACUCUGUACGGUCAUACCUCAACAGUGCGCUGUAUGCACUUGCAUGAGAAAAGGGUUGUGAGCGGUUCCCGGGACGCUACGCUGCGGGUUUGGGACAUAGAGACGGGUCAGUGUUUGCACGUGCUCAUGGGUCAUGUGGCGGCCGUUCGCUGUGUACAGUAUGACGGCCGUAGGGUGGUCAGCGGGGCCUAUGACUUUAUGGUGAAAGUGUGGGAUCCUGAAACCGAGACCUGCCUACACACACUCCAGGGUCACACCAACAGAGUCUACUCUCUACAGUUUGACGGCAUCCACGUGGUGAGCGGUUCAUUGGACACGUCAAUUCGGGUGUGGGAUGUAGAGACUGGAAACUGUAUUCACACCCUCACAGGUCAUCAGUCUCUCACCAGCGGCAUGGAGCUCAAAGAUAAUAUCCUAGUCUCUGGAAAUGCAGACUCCACUGUCAAGAUCUGGGACAUCAAGACCGGCCAGUGCCUACAGACACUGCAAGGUCCCCACAAGCACCAGAGUGCAGUAACAUGCCUGCAGUUCAACAAGAAUUUUGUCAUCACCAGCUCCGAUGACGGUACGGUGAAGCUGUGGGACCUUCGGACGGGCGAGUUUAUCCGUAACCUGGUCACACUGGAGAGCGGAGGCAGCGGUGGCGUGGUCUGGCGCAUCCGCGCCUCCAAUACCAAACUCGUUUGUGCGGUGGGCAGCCGUAACGGCACGGAGGAAACCAAGCUCCUGGUGCUGGACUUUGACGUGGACAUGAAGUGAAGGGGGUGAACUUAAAGGGGACUUGUUUGAAAAAAUGGGGAGGGUGGGGGAGAGCAACCUGCCCAGGGUCUCUCCGCGUCAGGAGCGAUUGCUCAAUUCCCCAAUAUGUUGCCGCCAACAUUUCUCCCCAUCUUGCCAUGGUCCACGACUGCCGUCACAGUUCCGUUCACCUUCCGGGGGAGGGAGGGGGGUGGGCAGACACUCAUGCACCACAGCAUUCUGGGAAGAAAACUGACAAGAAGGACUUGGGAAAACAGGAUAGUCCAUUUUCCUACCACUCAAGGCAACCUUGCACAGAGACUUGUUCACUCAAGCCUGACUGAAAUUCACACCCAUAUGUACAAACUUUUUUUUUUUAUCAAAACAGUCAACACUGUAUACAUUAGACCCUUACGCAUCAACACGGACACAGAGUGAUAAAUAGUGUACACAAAUUAAAAUUUUAAAGGAGAAAGAUGAGAAUUUUUGAAGAGCCUUGUAUUGCAGGAGUGAUUCGAGCGUGAGAGAUAAAGGAAGCCGAUUUUGUCAGUCCUCAUCAACCUCAGCACACGCCAAAUAUCCCUUUCUUCCUCACGUGUUGAAUUUCUUUUGUAUCCGUUUUCUCAGUUCUUUUUUUUUUCUCUCCUUUUUACCCCACGACUUGUCUUUUGGUUUUCGCGUCAACAGCUGUGAAUUAAAGUUUUGUGCUUUCUUUUCAAGUGCAGCAUUUUUUUUGUUUUACUUCCCACCUACUGUUGCAAACAACAGGUUUCAGUAUUAAGCUAAACCCACUCUGCUGUUUCACAUGUUUUUGGGGUUUUACGUUUUGUUUUGUUUUCGUUUUUUCUUUUAAUUUAGCUCUCCAUAAGCAGUGCCUCUCUAGAUCGGAGAUGACCUGCGUUUGUUAUGUUUUUCAGCCAGUCUGGUUUCAUUAGUUCAUCAGUGCUGGUGCUCUGUGGGAAAUGGGAAUGUUUUCCCAUAAGAUCCUGGCAAUAUGACUCUCCCACCCCUCCCCCCGCACCCCCCUCCCAGUACUGUCCAUCCCAGUGGCCAAACUGGAUUUUAUGCUGCUAGACUCACAGAAAAAUAAGUUGGAACUUUAACUGGCUGUGACGUUUUAGUCCCAGACGAAAUUCUAAACAAAAGUAACUUGUAGAGUUUGAACUUAUAAAAAACGACACAAACAAACAUACCAACAAAAGCAAGAUAUUGACAUAACAGCUUCUCUUUUUUGCCACUGAAACUUGAGCCAAAUGUGCCUCUACGAGGCGUAGAGGAGGGAGAAUGUCUGACAAAGAGACGGGUUUGUCUGCUGAGAUGAAACGACGGACGUGUAGAAACUAUUUUGCGCGUGUUUGUGACUGGGUGUGCGUGCGGGUGUGUGUUUGAGCAAAUUGUUCACACAUUCCUUGGGACAAAAGCUCUGUCAGUCUGUUCUGUGUGGAAAUGUAUGCUUCAACGAAAAAGAAUACCGUUCUUGUUUUUAAUUAGUUGAAAAAAAUGAGAUUGUUGGAACAGACGUUAUGUUACCGAAGAAACAAGGUGGUCUUAGUGUACAGAAAUGGACAUCUGAUUACAUUUUAAGUGCUAGAGCUUACCUGAUUCCGUUGGUGACGCUCUCAUGGGUUUUUUUUUCUGUUUGUUUGUUUUGUUUUUGUUUUUUGAAUGGUAAAGCAGCUUCAUAGAUAAACAGGACGUAACCGCAUUCGUAGCCAAACGAUUCGUCUCAUCCUCCAAGUCACACAACUCAAGCUGAACUGUGAAAGUGGUUUAACACUGUAUAUUAAAAGAAAAAACAAUCUUGUUCUUUCUCCUGCUUUUUUUUUUUCUUCCUUCCCGUUUAAUUUAUAAUCUGGUUUGAGAAAUCAGAUGUUGGAGCUGUUUUAUUUUUUCAGUUUAUGUAAACUGCCUGGCAUAACAGACAGAUAAAAAAAGAAACCUUAAAGGGAUUGUGUAUUUGUUUGAUUCAUUUAGAAUUUUUAUUUUCUUAUAACUUAAGUGCAAUAAAAUGUGGGUUUUUCUUUGUUCAUUUCAA